GAGCCCGGCCGGGGGGCCGGGGGAGGGACCAGCCGCGCUGCGGGCUGAACGCACCGAGCCAGAGCAGCGCACCCCGCGUCCGUGUCCGCUGCGCCCCGCCUGGCCCCUGCGCCCCUCGCCAUGCUGGCCCGGCCCCUGCUGCUCUUCCUCGCCCUGGUCCCCGCAGCCCGCCUGCCCGGCGCGCACGGGGCCCCUGGCCCCGCCACCCUCCGCCCGGGCGGCGAGCGGGAGGUGACGGCGGCACCCGCAGCGCCGAGCACCCAGGGGCAGCUGGGGGAGCCCGUCCCCGAGGGCGGGAGGCUGCGGCUGGCCGAGGAGAAGGCAGCGGGCGGAGAAGCCAGGGGCACCACGAAGAAAGCCGUGCGGGUUAAAGUAGUGAAGAAAAAAGUCUUGAAGAAGAAACCCAAGGCUUCGGGCCAGGGAGCAGCCACCGAGCAGCAGCCACAAUGUCCCCCGCUGGGGCUGGAGUCUCUGAGGGUGUCGGACUUCCAGCUACGAGCCUCCAGCAUCAAGCGCUACGGACUGGGUGCCCACCGGGGACGCCUCAAUAUACAGUCCGGGAUUCACGACGGUGACUUCUACGACGGAGGCUGGUGUGCCGGCCACGAGGACCGGGACCAGUGGCUGGAGAUCGAUGCCCGGCGGCCGACCCGUUUCACCGGCAUCAUCACACAGGGCCUGAACUCCAUCUGGACUUACGACUGGGUGACCUCCUACAAAGUCCAGUUCAGUAACGACACACACAGCUGGCAGCCAGGCAGGAACGGGACGGAGGAGGUGGUGAGUGUGGGCGCCCCAGCCCCGGGGCAGCGCGGGGACGGGAGGCUGGUGGGGCGACAGGCCAGCACCGGGGCGAAUGGGCUCUUUUAUAGUCGGUGGCUGUGGGUGGCAGCGCCUGCCGGGGCCUCGAGGACUUGGGGACGGAGGUGCGGGGUCAGAGCCUCCGGAUUUCCCCGCAGCGCUGACUGGUCAUUUUUUGCCGUUAUUCGCCAUAAGAGGGAGUUUCUCUAUCAGCAGAGGCUGCACAAUAAUCUUCGUCAGCGACGCUUGGGGCUAACUGCCCUCUUCCCAAAAUGGUGGCCGCCUCUCCUUGUUCUAAACGGGACGCAAGCCGACCUCAGCGAAAGGCCUUCUCAGACCGGAAAGAGGCCGUGGGCUGCCCUUAGCCAAGAUGGCCGCUGCCUUCAUCCAGCUGCUGAGGGCAGCUUCACCUGGCCCCAGCUGGGGAGAAUGGGGGCUGGCGGCCCGCGGGCGAACACGGGAGCGCUUGGUGCCUGGACCUGGUGCCGGCCCCAAAUUUCACGCCCGACUUUCCCUGCAGACCCCAACAACAUCUACUCCUGGGAGAACGAGCCGGUGGUGACCGACAAGCUGGACUUCAGGCAUCACAACUACAAGGAGAUGAGAAAGCUGAUGAAGGAGGUGAACGAGGAGUGCCCCAACAUCACCCGGGUCUACAGCAUCGGGAAGAGCUACCUGGGCCUGAAGAUGUACGUGAUGGAGAUCUCGGACAACCCCGGGCAGCACGAGUUGGGGGAGCCGGAGUUCCGCUACGUGGCCGGGAUGCACGGGAACGAGGUGCUGGGCCGUGAGCUCCUGCUCAACCUGAUGCAGUACCUGUGCGGCGAGUACACCCGGGGCAACCCCCGCGUCGUCCGGCUGGUGAGCGAGACCCGCAUCCACCUGCUACCCUCCAUGAACCCCGACGGCUACGAGACGGCCUACAAGCUGGGCUCGGAGCUGGCGGGCUGGGCCGUGGGCCGCUGGACCUACGAAGGCAUCGACCUCAACCACAACUUCGCUGACCUCAACACGGCCCUGUGGGAUGCCGAAGACAACGAGCUGGUUCCUCACAAGUUCCCCAACCACUAUCUCCCCAUCCCGGAGUACUACACCUUCGCCAACGCCACGGUGGCCCCGGAGACCCGUAUGAACGACUUCAGCUACCUGCACACAAACUGCUUUGAGGUCACUGUAGAGCUGUCCUGCGACAAGUUCCCGCACGAGUCCGAGCUGCCCAGGGAGUGGGAGAACAACAAGGAGUCCCUGCUGGUCUUCAUGGAGCAGGUCCGCCGGGGCAUUAAAGGGGUCGUUCGGGACAAGGACACCGAGCAGGGAAUUGCAGACGCCAUCAUUGCCGUGGACGGCAUCAACCACGACGUCAGAACAGCUUUCGACGGCGACUACUGGCGCCUGCUGAACCCGGGCGAGUAUGAGGUCACCGCCGCGGCCGAAGGCUACCACCCCGUCACCAGGACCUGCCGUGUCUCCUACGAGGACAACCCCACCCUCUGCGACUUCCAGCUCACCAAGACGCCCAAGCAGCGGCUGCGCGAGAUCCUGGCCAAGGGGGGCAAGAUCCCCAAGGACCUGAUCCUGCGGCUCCGGCAGCUGCGGCUCCGCAAGCUGAGGGCCCAGCGGCAGGCCCAGGGAGGGGACUAACCCCUUCUGGACUGUGUGGGGACGUAGAAGAGGGAUGUGCUCUGUGUGGCUCGCGGUCCCUCCCCCACACUCUAGUCUAGCGGCUUCUUGCUCCUCUGUGUUGUUUCGUGAGUCUGUAGCGGGGUGUGACUGCCGGCCCAGUGUCCUCCUGGGGCCUGUCCCUUCCUACCUCCUGCCCUGCCCUUCCUGCUCUCCAGCCCGCAGCCCCUGGCUACGUUCCUUGGCAGUCCAGCCCCAAACCUUGCUUCUGAGCACCCAGAUGCUCUCAGUUUGGGGGGGGGGGUACCUGGGCGUGGCAAGAAGACAGCGGAAAUCAGUGGUGCAGACAAAGCUGCAGGCAUGUUCCCUAGGGGCACAGGCAGCGGACAGACACCCGGGACGGGCUUUGCCAGUAGAAGAGGACUUUGUAACACCUCAAAGAGCAGCUUUCCCUCAGGAGGGUCUCAGCACGGCUGCUGCCGUCUUAGCCAGACCAGGGACCCCUGUUUAGUGGGUAGAGCCUUUGCCUAAGGACGCUGCAGGGCCCGGUCCAGCCACCCAACAGAGGCCUCUGUUCCGCUCUGCCUGGCCACCGCUUGGCAAAUCCCGCAGGAGGAAUCCCGCAGGCAGCAGUAACCACAAGGCAUUUGGACAGCAGGCCCCGGGGCGUGCAGAAGAAAGGGGAAGGGCCUCAGGAAUGGGAGCUGGGCUCAAGGUGAGGGCCAUGGCUCUCUGCUCCCGACUGCGAUGGGCAAGGAAGGGUCUUGUCCCCUCUCUACCUGAAAGGGGUGAGGUCAGAAGAGGGGGAAAUCGCCCGCCCGAGGGAGUUUGCCUUCAUUUACACCAGUGAAUCCGUUUCUUUGGGGGGUUACUGACACGUGGGGGGCAAUCGCUGGGUUAACAAGCAGUUGGCUCAGUAGUUGAGGGGCUACAGGUCCGCGUGGAUAUAUCUGCUGUGAGCCUGCGAUGGUUCUGUUGUGCAGUGUAGGGGAGGAAUCGCACACGUAGUGAAAGGGGAACAAACCGGGGUGUGUUUGUGGUUGAGCUCCAGAAACAGGCCAGGCAGUGCAGCACCCUGCGUAGCCACGGGGGCGCCCCGUGACGUUCCCCAAGAGCAGCGUUUGGCCCCGGGAAAUGCCCUAAGCGGUGUCUAUUCGAGUCUCCUGGGCGUGAGCGAGCGGCCGCCACUGAUUCCUCGAAACAUGCGGAGUCUGCAUCUGAGACUCCAGGCUGGCCCUUAAAAUAGCUCCUGGCACACAAUGGGCAUGACGCAAGCAGGACUUCGAUUGCCUGGCACGGGGUCUGGCUGGGCAGGAAUCCAGGGCAAACAUACAUCAGUCAGACCGUACCAACCAUGGUAGGGUGUGCGCUGGCUGGAUUCCCAGAUCCCUUGGGAGGAGGGAUCCUGGUGCAGUCAGGGAUAACCUGGUUCCGCCCCGUUGGUAAUGACAGCACAGUUCCCAAGGAUGAGCCCUGUAGAAUAGCCAGCACGCGCUCGUUUGGCGUUCCAUCAUCCGACUUCACCGGACCACAGGUGACAUCUGGGGGAGCCAAUUCCUGGCCAGCGUGGUGGCCACGGCACCCUCACUGAAACCAUCACCUGUGGCACCAAUUGUCCCCCCUGGCAGUCUCCUCAGGGCCAACACAAGAGAUACCAGCCGCCUUCUCAGCUGCGAGGCGCCCCUCCAGGGCAGGGCAGAAGCACGUUAAGGGGACACAGGUCCUGAUUUCGUAUUGCUCCAGGUUCCCCGGGCAUUACAAUUAAAAGGCUGUUACUAAAGAGCUAACUGGCGCCUCGUCCGAGCCCCGACCCAGAUCCUAGGCAGAGAUGACUCCGCUUGGUGCAGUGAAUGGUUCCUGUGGUUUCCUUUCCCCUCAGCCUUUGUUGUCAGGGUACUUGUGGGAAUACAGUUCCUCCCCAGGGCGACUCCAGGAAAGACACUGGAGUUACCCCAGGGAUGACUUUAGCCUCAGCUCUUUGUUUUCCCAGAGCCCCAGGUGAAGACACACUCCUCGGCAUGAGACGUCACAAUUGUUUCCUUGGCACCGGCCUGCGAUGUCACAGUCAGAGGCUGAGACUCUGCAGAACAGAUGGGCUCCCAGGGCCAGCCGCUGAAAGCCGGAGCGUGUCCGCUGCACCCGCCAGGAGCUGUGGGUGGGUCUCAGCACCGCUCUAGGGUCAGGCCCUCAGCGAACCGAGGACAGUGUCCAGGAACAGCCGCUGCCGAGGGCGUUCAGACGUUACUCAGAGCUCUUCUGUGCAAGCCCAGGGCUAGUGGGCGCUUCGUUCUGCAGGCAGGACCUGACUGGAACAGGGCGUGUAAACAGCAGUGGAGCAAUGGCUCGCGGCUCCGACCUAACGGGGGCGGCGAGAAAGGACCACUGCUCGGGUGGGCACUCAGAUCAGCACGAGGCGCUGAGGAGUUAACGAUACAAUGCUGGCAUUCGGUGUCCUUGCUAGGCAAGUGACAUCCUCAGCAGCAAUAAACCUUCGCCGUUUUACCUUC